AGGAAACGGUGUAUGGUGUGACGCAGGCGGUGAUGACUGUGUUGCGCCAUUCUACCAACCCCGCCUUCAUCACCACCGUUCUGGGACACCUCAAGGUGUCCACGCUGGAGGAGGCGGAGCUGCGUCUGGAACAGCAUCUUUGGUCCAUCCUCCACAAGCAUUUACAAGUUGAACUCCCUCCCGAUGUGGCCGAGGAGCUUGCCACCCUGCCACUCCUUCCUCACUCCUCGCCUUCGCGUACCUGCACCACCAGGGAAAGGAGUAAUCAUGAGGAUGGAACUUGCCCCACAGACUUGCUUCCUGCACCUGAGGACUGUAGUCAGCUCCUCACCUCCCUCCCGUUGGGUGGGGAGUUGUUUGGCUCCGCCACAAAUUCUUCUCAGGGACACUGCGAGCCUCAAGGGGAGGAUUCUAAUCUAUUACAGUUUGAUCUUGCUUUGGUGGCGGCAUCCGAACCUAUCUCUCAGGGACAUGAACUUAGCUUAGAAGGGAGGGCAGCUGAAAAUCAUGUUCAAAGUGACAUUGAAAGACUGUGUGGCCAGGUGUUGUCCAACAGUGCACGUGAGGAACCUGAAGGACAUCAUCCCUUGGAAUGUAGCAGACUAGAUGGCAGUGCAGCUGAAUAUCAUGUUCAAACUGACAUCGAGAGACUGUGCAAUCAGGUGUGGUCAAACAGUGCACAGGAAGAUCUCGUAGAGGGUCAUUCUACACUGUGUAACUCUCCAGUGACUUCUCCCAGGCAACCUGAGGCCAUGGCUAUUCACUCACCACCUGGCCCAUCACCUGACUGUCAUGAAGAAGUCUUCGAGAGGUCUCAGGAUCAGAAGACCGAGAUAGAAAAACAGGAACCUCAUCAGUUAGAUGGAGAGAACGACAGCAGUCCUGCCGCUGCCAAGAACAAGAUCUUGAAGGUAAUGCAGCUUCUCUCUGGGACCAUCGAGGAGGGAGAGGAUUUAGCAUCUCAAAAUAAGAGAAUCGAAGAAGCACUAGAAAACUUAUCUUAUUCCUUAGCCUUAGACACCCAAACGCAGCCUUACUCUCUGACACCAUCGUCCUUAACUCAGAGCUCCAUUGACAUCCACCCUAAAGAAGUGACGGAUAAUGACCAGGAAAAGAAUGUCGGAGCUGAGCCUGUCAAGAACCAGAUCCUGGAAGCGCUUGCUUUGCUUUCAAGCACUCUGUCUUUGCCUGUUUCACUCCAGACCUGGUCUCAGACACCGCCAUCCUCCUCCUCUCAGGGCUCACCCUCCCGUCAACUUCUCUCUGGACUUUCGCAGGAAUGCAGGACGGAGCACGAACCUCCCCGUUUACAAGAAUCUGAUACUCUGAUAUCAGUAGUUAAUAGAGAAGUUCUAGACAUCGAGAGAGUGGCGCCUCGGGUUGACCAACGCCCGCUAAAUGACACAGCCUGCAUGGUCCCCAACCCCACACCAGCUCUCAGAGUCAGACGCGAUCUGUGGUCUGGCGAACAGACCACCGUGACAAGUGAGACGAGACAUGUCUCUGGCUGUCAUAGUUCUUCCCAAGGUAAGGGAGAUGAUGGAGAUGAACCUCAGGCCAACGCAUGGCCAUGGCCAUUAGCCAGCGGUAGCGGUGAAGAGAGCUGGUCCAUCGUAGUUCCUGAUGCUAACCCUCGGAGUUUGUUUUGUAAUGAAGUAGAAAGAGACAAGAGGAGUGCCAUCAACCUUCAUGAAGAGAGAGUCAGGGUUGAAGAGGCUAGUCAGCCGUUCCUUGCGGAAAGUAGCACGUGGGACAUCCUGCUCAGCAAUAAUGACGGAGACACUGAAUAUGCAUCAUCCGUCUGGAACACUGAGAUUUCUGAAACGUCCGAGGUGGCACAGCCCAAUCUAGCACUCGAGGCAGGGCCCAGCAGGCUCUCCAUCGUCCAGCGAGAGAAGCACCUCUCCUCACAGCCAUCGCUGCCACCUACGUCCAGUCACGCCGUGCCCCAGGUUACACAGAAAAGGAAAAGAAACAAGUCUUUGGAUAAAAGUCUUUGCCGACCUCCGACCAAAAGAAUGCGUGUCCCGAAGCCCAAGGCAGCAGUCAGACUCUGCCACGAGCCGGCCGCUACGUCUUCCCGGAGGAAGGCGCCAGCGGCCCACCAAGGAGGAGGAGGUGGCUGCCUUUCCACUACCAACGCAGAGCACAGCCAGAAAUAACACUAGUUUCACUCCCUCCACCGCAAACACAGCCACGCCUCAAACCGCAAACGUCAGCGUCACCGCGAUCUCCACGUACGUCACCACCACCUUCACCACCACUGUUAUCACAGCCACCACCACCACCAUCACAACCACCACCACUGCUAUCUGACGCCAUCGCAACACAAGGGAAAUUGUCGGAUACUUUUGGACAUGAAACAGACAUCCUCCACAGGAAUAGACACCACCGCCAACACAACCACGAACACCAACAUCAGCACCAACACCAACAACAUAGACAACAAAAACAAAAUCAAUCACAACAGUUACAGCAGCAACGACCACCACCCCCACCACAACAGCAGCAGAAAAAGAAACAACAGCAGAAGCAGGUACAACAGCAACGACCACUACCCCCAAAAAAGCAGCAGAAAAAGAAACAACAGCAACAGCAGAAGCAGGUACAGCAGCAACGACCACUACCCCCACAACAGCAGCAGAAAAAGAAACAACAGCAGCAGCAACAACAACAACAUCAAAAACAACAGCAGCAACAACAACAACAACAACAACAGCAGCAGCAGCAGCA